CUUUCUCUUCCUCUUCCUUUCCCCACAAAUACAAACCCCAAACUCAACUCCUUUCCACUUCCACUUUCUUCUUUCCUCUCCCAUGGCCAUGGCUUCCCUCUCUGUUUCCCUUUUUCUGUUCCUUCUCUUUACCAGCAGCACCACCUUCUCAACUGAUGAAAUGGAAGAGGCAGAGCUUUUGGGGCUUUUUGAAGUUAUGACCUCUCUAUUGGAUGACCCUGAUUGGCCUCUGGCUCACCCCCUCCCCUGCUCUCAAACUCCAUGGCCUGGCAUAAAAUGUGAGAUUGCUCAAUUCCCUCCUCUGUUCCAUGUCACCAACAUCCACAUUGGCCCUGAUGUUCUUGACCCACCUUGCAAAUCCUCUGCCUAUUUGUCCCAUGCCUUGCUCAAGCUCCCUUAUUUGAAGUCCCUUUCAAUCUUCAGCUGCUUCACUACCUCCUCAGUUGCUCUGUUUCCUGCCCUGUUUCACUCACUGUCUUAUUUGGAGCAAUUGGCUCUCCAGUCCAAUCCAUCUCUCUCUGGGGAGAUCCCUUCCAGUUUGGGGAAUGCAACAAAUCUGAGAGUCCUGAGUCUGUCUCAGAACAGCCUGAAGGGGCAGAUUCCUGAAGGGAUUGGUGGAUUGUUGUGCCUUGAAGAGCUUGAUCUCAGCUACAACAAUUUGAGUGGUGGAAUUCCCCAAGCCAUUGGUGGGUUGAGAAGUUUGAGCAUUUUGGACCUCAGUUGGAAUGCUCUACAGGGAAAUCUGCCUUCUUCUUUAGGGCAGUUGCAGCUCCUCCAAAAGAUUGAUUUGGGCUCAAAUAGGAUUCAGGGGAAGAUACCUCCAAAUUUGGGGAUGUUGAAGAAAUUAGUGCUGCUGGAUUUGAGCCACAACUUCAUAAAUGGGCCAAUCCCACAAACAUUUGAAGGGUUAGAGCAUUUGGAGUACUUGAUAUUGGACCACAACCCAUUAAACUCUGUGAUGCCUUUGUUCUUAGGAAGCCUUGAGAAGCUCACAUCAAUAAGCCUAUCAGAAUGUGGGAUUGAAGGGCCAAUACCCAGUUCAAUCUCUUCUCUGAGAACCCUCACAGCCCUGUCUUUGGGCAACAACAAUCUAAGUGGGGCAAUCCCAGCAGAUUUGGGGCAACUUCCAAAAUUGGAUCUUUUGAAUCUGAGCCACAAUCAACUGAGUGGAGAGGUGUCUUUUCCAGAUGAGUUUGUGAGUAAACUUGGGAAGAGAUUGGAUGUAAGAGGAAACGAAGGGCUGUGUUCAUCAUGCAGCCAAAGGCAUAAGGAGAUUGAGAAGAGGAAUAAUAUCUCAGUUGAUUCUGAGGAAACCCCAUACUGUUUGAAUCCCAGUGGAGGAAGAAAUGACAGUGAACAACAAACAGCAGAAGAUUGUAAGAGAAUACAGGCAGCAUGGAACCAAUUGGAAGAAAAUGGCUCUUCUCAGACUCCAACUUGGGACAAAAAUCUUAUGCUUACUUUUUGGGCUUUUGUUGCAGUUGUUCUGUGUUCUGGUUUGUAGUAGUAAAACUGAAAACUACUUUUGACUGAUUUUUUUUCU